GACGCGUCACAUGGGAAAUAAUACUUUAACCUGGUAGUUGAUGUUUUUACUGUCCCCUUGAACCUGUCACCCAGCCUGCUCACUUCAGCACAGAAACAUGGCAAACAUCGGCAGGCUCUCCACCAAGGAUUCUGUCCUCUUCCUGUGUGACAUGCAGGAGAAGUUCAGACCCAACAUCUUCCAGUUCACCAACAUCGUUAGCAACGCAGCCCGGGUCCUCCAGGCCAGUCGUAUUCUGGGCAUCCCCACCAUCUUGACAGAGCAGUACCCUAAAGGCCUGGGACCCACCGUGCCGGAGCUGGGGGCAGGGGAUCUGACCGCUCAUGCUAAGACCUCUUUCACUAUGAUCAUAGAAGAAGUGGAGAAGGAGCUGAAGGCUCUGGGGAGCCCUAAACAAGCCAUUCUGUGUGGAAUAGAAGCACAUGCCUGCAUUGCUUGUACUACAUAUGACCUUAUUGAGAAGGGAAUGGAGGUCCAUAUUGUGGCUGAUGCCGUUUCCUCCAGGAGCCAGACGGAUCGGUUGUUUGCUUUGUCCCGAAUUAAGCAAAGCGGGGCUUACCUCACCACCACAGAGGCCGUCCUGCUGCAGCUGGUUCAGGAUGCCAAACACCCCAACUUUAAGGAGAUCCAGAAGCUCUUGACCCAGCCGUCUCCUGACACCGGCCUCCUCGCCUUCUUCAGCGCUCUGUAGAGGGAUCGCCUCAUGUUGUUACGUUCCACUGUACAACCCUCUGUUUUUAACACAGGGACUUCAAUAAAACAUUGCUUUUGCUGUAA